CACUUCAAAUUGGGGCAGCUGUCAAAUCAAUCUAUAUAUACAAACAUUCCAUACGAUAAAGUACAAACUUGUUAGUUUUAAGAGCUGGAGCUCACUUGAGAUAUGGAAAUGUCAUCUCCUGCAGCGGAUGACAUACCUUCCAGCAGCGGAAUAUCCAACAACAGUGCAAUCAAGAGGAUCCAGAGAGAGCUGGAGGAGAUGGUGCGGGAUCCGCCGCCACACUGCAGUGCCGGUCCCAAGGGGGACAAGCUGUACGAGUGGACCUCGACGAUCAUCGGACCAGUGGACUCCGUCUACGAGGGUGGCAUAUUCAAGCUGGACAUAGUCUUCCCAGUGGAGUAUCCUUUUGUGCCGCCGAAGGUCCUGUUUCGCACGCCCAUCUAUCACUGCAACAUCCAUCGCCAGGGCUUCAUCUGCCUGGACAUCCUGAAGGAGAACUGGUCGCCGGCACUGACCAUCUCGAAGAUACUGCUAUCCAUUUGCUCCCUGCUCACCGACUGCAAUCCCUACGAUCCGCUGGUGAACAAGAUUGCCGUAGAGUAUGUGACCAACCGAGAGAAACAUGACAAGAACGCGCGACUCUGGACCAAACGCUAUGCAACUCCCAGCAACUCUUAAUGCCCCAAAAGCCAAUGGAACCCGCCAAAUUAAGAGUAGGUCCAGCUAUUUGCAGAUAUUUUUCUUUGUUCAUUACGUUGUUAUAUGAAGUAUACACAUGCUGUUCCAUAUUAA